AUGGAUAUAAUCUUGCAAACCAAACAACGUCAUUUCAGCAACAUAACGAAGCAAGACCUUGAACUUAUCCGCUCACUAGCAAACGAUGUGAACUUGGUCAUUAGACCGGCGGACAAAGGUGGAGGCAUAGUACUUCUUAACUACUGUGACUAUCGAGUGGAACUUCUAUCCCAGCUUCAAGAUACAGACACCUACACCAAACUUAAGGGCGACCCUACAGCAUGUAUCACACAACAAAUCUCAGCGAUUGUACAAAGAGGAGUGGAAGCUAACUUUGUGACAACAGAGUUACAGAAAUUCUUGAUCCAGUCCACACCUAAGACUCCGAUUAUUUACACCUUACCCAAGGUACACAAGAGCAUUGAUCAUCCACCAGGCAGACCCAUAGUGUCAGCCAUAGGGGGAGUACUGGAACCAUUGGCUCAGUGGCUGGACUAUUUAUUUAAAGAUACAGUUGUCAAGCUUCCCACCUGCAUUAAAGAUACCCCAGACCUAUUGAAACUUCUGGACACCAUCAAUUUACCCAACACUACUACACUGCUGGUAACGUGUGAUGUGAAAAGUCUCUACACAAUCAUUCCUCAUUUGGAUGGUAUAGAAGCAAUGCGCAAAGUGUUACAAGACUCAACAACAUACACAGGCCCCCCGAUUGAAUACGUCAUGGAAAUCCUGGAGGCAGUCCUUACACUUAACUACUUCAGAUUUGAAGAAACUUGGUACCAGCAAAUAGCGGGGACCUCCAUGGGAGCAGCUAUGGCACCCAUGUAUGCCAACAGCUUUAUGUAUAUAUUUGAGACCCUCCACAUUCUACAACCGUAUGAAGCAAAUAUUUUAUUCUAUAGGCGCUUCAUUGAUGACGUGUUCCUUAUAUGGAAGGGAGAUCACCAGUCCAUUUUGGAGAUGAUAGAGGCCAUCAACAGGGCACCCACACCGGUCAAAUUAACGAUGACA